UGAGGUAGUGACGUCACUACGCAUGUGCGGGGAGACGUUGGUGUUCUAGUCUAAUGCAUUGACAAAGAAGGUGAAAUUAAGUUUAGCUUUAUUUCUUGUAGUGCUGCAACUAUUGCACCACAUAGUUAAUUACUUGUCAUAGAGCGUGUGCCCAAAGACUACGCAUUUUGCCAAAAUUUGCUAGUCGUAGUGACUCAGCAGCAGUCCUGCACUGAGAUCACCAGGGACACAUUACGAUGUUAAGACUGGCCUGGACACGGUCACAGUCAACUAACAGAGGUACAAUAAAGUCCGGCUUUACUUACGAUCUAUUCAGAUUAGAAAGGACGCCAACAUCAGAGUACAACAGAGCAAUUGGACACACACCUGUAGCACUUCGCAAGCCCCCUUCCGUGCUUAGCCUAAGGACACUCCACAGCCGUCGUCUCAGGACUACUUGGAAAGCCAGUUUCAGAAUGGCAUCUGGAGGCGAAGGGAAGAGCAGCCCACCGGCAUCUCCCACCAAACAGAGCAACCGCUUGGCCCAAGAGCGGUCUCCCUAUCUUCUGCAGCAUGCUUACAACCCUGUGGACUGGUUUCCAUGGGGACAGGAGGCAUUUGACAAAGCAAAAAAAGAAGACAAACCCAUUUUCCUGUCAGUGGGGUACUCCACCUGUCACUGGUGUCACGUCAUGGAGAGGGAGUCGUUUGAGGAUGAGGAGAUUGGCAAGAUACUCAGCGAUAACUUUGUCUGUAUCAAGGUGGACAGGGAGGAGCGGCCUGAUGUUGACAAGGUGUACAUGACAUUUGUGCAGGCAACCAGUGGGGGAGGAGGAUGGCCAAUGAGUGUGUGGCUCACCCCUGAACUUCGACCUUUCAUUGGGGGCACAUACUUCCCUCCGAGAAACACUGGUUUCAGGCCAGGGUUCAAAACCAUACUAAUGCGCAUUAUGGAGCAGUGGCGUAGUAACAGGGACGCUCUGGAGUCGAACGGGGAGCGAGUCAUCGAAGCGCUGAAGAAAAGCAGCGCCAUCGCAGCCAGCGCAGACGACUUGCCCCCUCCCGCCAUCACCGUCGCCAAGAGGUGCUUCAUCCAGCUGGCAAAAUCAUAUGAGGAAGAGUAUGGGGGCUUCACUGAAAUGCCCAAAUUCCCCUCUCCAGUGAACCUGAUGUUCCUCAUGACAUUCUGGGCCACGAACCACUCCACUGCAGAGGGGGCCGAGGCUCUUCGCAUGUCCCUGCACACCCUGCGGAUGAUGGCGCUCGGGGGCAUUCACGACCACGUGGGGCAGGGCUUCCACCGCUACUCCACAGACUCCUCCUGGCACGUUCCCCACUUUGAGAAGAUGCUGUAUGACCAGGCUCAGCUGGCAGUGGCCUACAUUACCGCCUAUCAGGUGUCGGGGGAGCAGUUCUUUGCAGAUGUGGCCCGGGACGUGCUGCUCUACGUCUCGCGGGACCUGAGCGACAAGUCGGGGGGCUUCUACAGCGCAGAGGACGCAGACUCGCUCCCCACAGCCCAGUCCAGUGAGAAGAAAGAGGGAGCCUUCUGUGUGUGGACCGCAGGGGACAUCAGGGGCCUGCUGAGGGAGCCUGUGGAGGGGGCCACAGGAGGGGCCACGCAGGCAGACAUCUUCAUGCACCACUACGGCGUGAAGGAGCAAGGCAACGUGGCGCCUGAGCAGGACCCCCAUGGGGAGCUACAGGGGCAGAAUGUGCUAAUCGUGCGCUAUUCCGUGGAGCUUACCGCCGCUAAGUUCGGCCUGAGUGUGGAGAAGGCCGAGGAGGUGCUGGCCGCGGGCAGGGAGAAGCUGGCACAGGUCCGGAAGGGCCGCCCGCCCCCUCACCUGGACACUAAGAUGCUGUCUUCCUGGAAUGGACUGAUGCUCUCUGGGUUUGCGCGGGUGGGCGCCGUCCUGGGCGACAGGGCGCUGGUGGAGCGGGCGGAGCAGGCAGCCCAGUUCCUGAGGGAUCAGCUGUGGGACGAGGCCGGGCAAAGACUCCUGCACUCCUGCUACCGCGGGGAAGAGAUGCAGGUGGAACAGAUUGCGUCUCCUAUCCUAGGGUUCCUGGAUGACUAUGCCUUUGUGGUGUGCGGCCUGCUGGAUUUGUACGAGGCCUCGCUGCGCCCCCGCUGGCUGCAGUGGGCCGAGGAGCUGCAGCUGCAGCAGGACGUGCUCUUCUGGGACGGCCAGGGCAGCGGCUACUUCAUCACCGACCCCUCCGACCCCACCGUGCUGCUGGCUCUCAAAGAGGACCAGGAUGGAGCGGAGCCCAGCGCUAACUCUGUGUCCGCUCUGAACCUGCUGCGUCUGUCCCAGUACACGGGCAGGCAGGAGUGGGCCCAGCGCUCGCAGCAGCUGCUGGCCGCUUUCUCCGAUCGGCUGAUCAAGGUGCCCAUCGCGCUGCCCGACAUGGUCCGCGGCCUCAUGGCCCUGCACUUCACGCUCAAACAGAUCGUUAUCUGCGGCCAGCCUGACGCCGAGGACACCGCCCGCCUGAUCGCCUGCGUCAACUCUGCCUUCCUCCCCCACAAAGUCUUGAUGCUGGCAGAUGGUGACACAGAAGGCUUUCUGUACCAGCGGCUGCCCGUGCUGUCCUCGCUGAGGCCUCUAGGGGGCAGCGCGACAGCUCACGUGUGCCAGAACUUCACCUGUGCCCUCCCAGUCACCUCUCCUGAGGAGCUGCGGAGGCUGCUGAAGGAAUGAGUAACCACCGCGUCUGAGGUGCUCGUCUUCCCAGGAUAUUUACCAAACUGGGCACGCUCCCCACUAUAGCUUUCCUGAUAACCUGUGAGAAGGCGACUGCCACAGGGGCAGCACAGUCUCCCCUCCUUCCCAUUAGCGACUUUACUUGUUUAAGUAGAACAUACUUAAGUGGCUGAGUGGCGGUCUGUGAAUUGCAUGGAAGAAUUGUGCCAUUAGUGAGUUUUCCCUCGUAGAUGACCCCUAAUUCCCAGCAGCGACCCCCCCCCCCCCCACCUACCCUAUCAGCCCCCCCCCGGGUUCUGUGCUGUGGUAUGGGCGCUGUGCCCUUGUGUGUCUCCCUGUGCCAGCGGUAGGAGCCCAGUCCCAGCGGUGGCAGCGCGUCAGAGCGAAUGAGCGCCAGACGCAGAGGACGGUCGCUUCCCGCCAGGGACCUGCUCCGGCCAGCUGUCACUGCUCUGCUCUGGGCCGCGGCUGAAAGUGCUGCCUCCGCUAAAGUCUUCCUUCCUCACAGCGUGGAAUCUCGCUCUGCGCUGUAAACGCCAAAUGCAGGAUCAUACCAACGCUAUGAAUGUAUACAAGCACAUAAAGAUAAUAAUAAAAAGCUUUAAAGAGUGUA